AUAAUUUUCAAAAUUGCUAAGUCAUAUCAUGUACGUAUCUCAUAAUACAAUUACGUGUGCAGAUAAAUAUUUCGUUCAUAAAUUAAAAAAAAAAAAAUCCUAAAGAGUUCCUGCAGGUAUUAACGAAAAAUAAUAUAUAAACAAGUAAAAGUUAAUCUAUAAGGCCCGUUCUGUGUUCGAUAAGCUAGUUAGGCACAACAAGAAUCUAUAUAUUGUAAUACGAUGACUGCUCCAGCGGUCUCGCCCACACCAUUAUUGAAAAGAUCUUCCUUCUUCCUUCAGCUGGAAAAAGCCUCGACAUGAAUACGACGACUACGACGCACCGUUUACAUCGCUCUCUUACGUUAAUCUGUUUGCGACACACUCGAGCACACGCAGAGCUAUAGACGAUGGCCCAAAGCGAAGAUGAACACAAAGUUGAAGUCUACAUUUAUGAUUUAUCCAAAGGAAUGGCCACAGCUCUUUCAAUGCCUUUAUUAGGUAAACAAAUUGAUGGUAUAUGGCAUACUGCUAUAGUUGUUUUUGGCAUGGAAUACUAUUUUGGAGCAAAUGGAAUUUCUUAUUGUGAACCGGCCCAAACCAUCAUAGGACAACCAGACACAAUAAAAACUCUUGGGACAACCAGCAUUAGUUGUGAUGUGUUUACAGACUUUUUAUAUGGUCUAUCGAAUGAUCAGUUCAAACCUGAGAGGUACAACCUAUUUGACCAUAACUGUAACACUUUUAGCAAUGAAGUUGCACAGUUUCUGACUGGUAACAAAAUUCCCUCAUACAUCAUUGAUUUACCUGCUGAAGUUGCUAACACGCCCCUUGGCAGUAUGAUGAAAACCAUGUCAAACAGUAUUGCUGUUCAACCAAGUGGUGGCAAAACUUUGUUUAGUUCUUCAUCCUCCUCCUCAUCAUCACCUUCUCCUCAGUUACAGAAUAAUUCACUUACAUGGAACUCUACUCCUAAAAAUACUAACUCAAAUUCAGCUACAUUCUCUCCUGUGACAUAUCCCACUUCUGAAUCCUUUCCAGACAGCCAAACAUUUUCCACAACACUUAAUGAAACUGAAAAGAAACUUCUAGAAGAUAUUUACAAGUGUUUAUCCAGUUCUUCAAGUCAUAACAUCGGCAAAGCACAUUUGAAAAUGUUAGCAUCGUUAGUGACCAGAAAGAGUGUUACCAAUAGCGUUAUCAAGUGUGGUGCAGUGUCCUUACUGCAGGAACUCACAUCCAAGAGAUAUGUUGUCCAAGAACUUCAGAAAGAUGAAGACCAUAUGAUAGCAUCUCUAUUACUGGAAUUUAGAACUCUUCCUUUUGAAAUUAUGGUAGCAAUCCUUAAGUUGAUCACCAAUUUAUCUUCUUCUGAAGCUGGCCUACACUUUUUAACAUCUACUGUUGAUCAUCGACUGGAUUCUGAAAAAGUACCUCUUAGCAGUUCCAGUGGGAGUAGUACAACCUUUUCCUAUCUUGCACUAACUGGUGAGGCAGUUGUGAAUAGCCUUUUGUUGGAGCAAAGUGACAUUAAUGAUGUGGCUGCUGCUGCAGUUUACAAUAUUCAUCAGAUACCGAUGCAUGAUGACUUGCUGAUAGCUGUUUCCAGUGCUCUAACACAGUGCCUACAGCGAGAGGAGAUUCUAGAAAAAACUGCUUUUCUUGGUUUACAAAGCCUGAAAUGGUUUAUUAAGUUAAAUGAAGGGGUAUGUGCCUUGGUGAAAAUGAUGGAGCUGAAUUACCAAAGUCUUUCUCAGAAGUCAUCUCGUGUUAAAGAAACAUGUGAACAGAUAAAUAAUAUCCUAAGGCAGUUGAAUGAUUGACCAGUGCCAUUUCAAGAUUUAACAUCUAUUAUUUAAUACACUUAAAUCAUUUAUUUGAACCAUUUGUAUGAUAUACACAUACAUCAAGGAGAAACAGCUGUAUUUUUGACCAAAUUUCUGUCAACAAAUGUUAACAUCUUUUAAAUUCUGUACUUUGUUAUCCUUGUUAAGUUGUCUGAUGAUGGUUGGCUAGCGUAGAAGGGCAUGGAUUAAAUGCUUUGCAAUAUUUAGUUUCAUGACACCAGCAUCACAUUUACCUCUCAGAUUGUUUUAAAAAAAUAACCAUAAUACACUAAUAUUGAUUCAAUCAACUAUACUCUCUCUGCUAUAAAAAAAUUGGCAUAGAGCCUAGUUUG